UCCCAGAGCCUCUUUCGUCGUGUGAGUCAACAAGAAGUAGCCUCGACACUGUAGGAAACUAGGAAACAUUGGACCUCUGCUUGUCGGACGAGAAGGAGGAGGAGGUGUCUUGUCUGCCCGCCUGCUCUCUCUCUCUCUCUCUCUCUCUCUCUCUCUCUCUCAAUCAACGAGGCUUCUGCCACCAGAGCCAAGAGUUGCCGUUCCGCGCACCGAUGCCAAAACGCGCAGGAGGAGUCAGUGCCAAAGGGUCAUUUUAGCGCACCACUGCUGAAAUGGAAGGACUGUAGGGAAUCCUAGAAUAAACAGCAGUCAUUUGACCCCAGAUGAUAUAAUCAUAUCAUUAAAAUUAAGAAAAGGGAAACGGGAAAGGAGCCAAAUAAGAGCCAGUACCCAUUAUCGGUGGAGUGCUCCGUGCUAAAUCUGUCGCCGCAGAGGUGGGCAGUAGCGGGAUUUUUAUCUGAAAAAGGUCAUUGCAAAGCAUACCUUCCUCCGCACAAAUCAGCUCAAAACUACACUUUGGCUUCCUCAAUCCAGGUGCUUCCUCCGGAGACGCUGCAGGACUUUGUGGACAAACUGGUCUUCCAUCCUUAUUACGCUCCUGUCCGACUCCUCACCUUCCGAGCGCGCAUCAAAGUUGCAGCUGAAGACUGUGAAUAGUAGAGGGAUUAGGAGAGGGCAAAGUUGGUCACCUGCGAUCCAGAGAGCACCGACACCACGGUCCAAGCCGACUCCAAGUGCCGUUCACCGGGCGAUGCCAGAGUAAAUGCCGGGGCAAUGUCCCGCCGCAAGCAGGUGAACCCGCAGCACUUAUCGUUGACGCACAGGGAGACAAUACAAGAGGCCAAUCAUGAUUCAGGGGCGGGAUCUCCAUCUCCGGCACCGUCCACCCCCAGCCCUCAGAGGGUGGGACCCGGGGAGCAUGACCUGCUGACCUGUGGCCAGUGCCAGACCAACUUCCCUCUGGGUGAUAUCCUGGUUUUCAUCGAGCACAAGCGCCGUCUGUGCCGGGGGCCAAGAAGUGGACCGGGGUCCUUCUCCAAGCCUGGGGAGAACGGCGGGGUCACGGGCAUUUCCAUCUCUCCCAGGGCCAGGUCACUGGAGCUGGGUAGAGGGUCCAUUCCGGUGGAGGUGGGUGUCCAGGUGACCCCCAGCGGGGAGGAGGAUGUGCAGAGGAGGCUGACGCCGGCCAGGGGGAUCUGCCCCAAACAGGAGAGAGGAGAUAAAGAUGAGCCAUCCAGCUACAUCUGCACUACCUGUAAGCAGACCUUCACCAGCGCCUGGUUCCUGCUUCAGCAUGCCCAGCACACUCAUGGCAUCCGCAUCUACCUGGACAACCACCCUGUCAACUGCUCCCUCACUCCCCGCAUGGCUCUCCCUCCACCCCCAUGCACUGAUGCCCUGCCCCGCUCUCCUCUCCCCACUUUCCUUGGUGACACCAACAACCCAUUCCACCUUCUCCGCAUGGCUGCACCCUUGCUCAGGGAACACCCCCCUCCCCCGGGGUAUAUGGAGACCCGCCUGCCUGCAACGCCACCCUUUAUGAGCCCUCCACCGCCCCCUAGACCCCCUUUAGAGAGGCUGGGCCCAGAGGAGAUGGGGCUGCUGUCCCAGCACCCCAGUGCCUUUGAGAGGGUGAUGCGGAUGACCCCCAUGGAGCCUCCUUCCAUGGACUUCUCCCGACGUCUGAGGGAACUGGCAGGCAACACGACCAACAAUGGGGGGCCCACACCUCCUCUUUCACCCAACCGCGUGCCACCCAUGCAUCGCCUGCUGAGUCCCACGCUUUUCCAGCCUGGCUCCAAGCCCCCUGCAUUUCUCACAUAUGCCCCGCAGCCACCCACUUCUCAGGGGGGACACGGUUCUUCCAGCCCUCCUGACAGCCAGGGACAGAAUCAGACCCCUGGGAAAUCCAAAUCCUGUGAGUUCUGUGGCAAGAUUUUCAAGUUCCAGAGCAACCUGAUCGUCCACAGACGCAGUCACACAGGAGAGAGGCCAUACAAGUGUCAUCUAUGUGAUCACGCCUGCUCCCAGGCCAGCAAACUUAAGAGGCACAUGAAGACACAUAUGCACAACAAGUCUGGUUCCAUGAGUGGCUCCCCAGAACAGGGAAACAGAGGUGAGGGAGGAGAAGGUGAAGAGAAGAGUAGGGAGGGGGAUUCCAGAGGGAUGGACAAUGACGAGGAGGAGGAUGAAGAAGAGGAAGAAGAAGAGGAGGAAGAGGAAGAGGAGGAAGAACUGAGGAAUGGUCGGCCAGAUUCCAACUUAAGCGAGGACUCCCAGGAGUUCAGCCAGAACAGGGAGAACGGCCCCAGACAGUCUCCUGAGGAGAAACCCCUGAGCAGGGAUAGAGUAAAUGAUAGUGGCGGGGUGGGCAUCAUGCACCAGUUCAACCAUCUGGACAAUCACCUUAGACUUAAUCCUAACAAGAGAAGCCUGGAGAGACAACCUAACGGAGAUGGCGGAGAGAGGGGUGAAGCAGAAAGAGAAAGAGAGAAUGAGAGGGAGCAGGACAGAGAGCGAGAUGAGCGGGAGGACCACAGGCCUGUGAUGAACGGCAGGAUCAGUGUAUCUGAGGCAGACUCCUUCCCCGGCCUGUUCCAGCGUCGGCCCACCCCCAUCACCAGCCCGAGCCCCUCCAACAACAAGAGGAUCAAGAUAGAGAAGGAACAGCUGGAGCUUCCCCCAACCAUACCCCUUAUCUCCCCGGAGAAUGUCUACUCUCAGCUCCUGGCUGGCUACGCUGCUUCACGCCACUUCAUCAGAGAACCCUUCUUGGGAUUCACAGAUUCCCGUCAGUCGCCGUUCGGCACCUCCUCUGAGCACUCCUCGUCAGAGACGGGAAGCCUCCGCUUUUCCACCCCACCUGGGGAGCUGAUGGAAGGGGGGAGCGCCUCGGGCCGUAGUGGCAGCAGUACUCCUCACCUCCUGCGGGGACCUGGACCCGGCAGGCCCCCGAGCUCUAAGGAGAGGAGGAGUGACACCUGCGAGUACUGUGGCAAGGUGUUCAAGAACUGCAGCAACCUGACAGUGCACCGACGCAGCCACACAGGCGAACGGCCCUACAAGUGCGACCUGUGCAGCUAUGCCUGUGCCCAGAGCUCCAAGCUGACACGCCACAUGAAGACCCACGGGCAAUUUGGGAAGGAGGUGUACCGCUGCGACAUCUGCCACAUGCCCUUCAGCGUCUACAGCACGCUGGAGAAACACAUGAAGAAAUGGCAUGGCGAACAUUUGAUGGCCAGUGAGGUCAAACUGGAGCAGGCGGACAGAGGUUAAGCCAGCAACCAUUAGUUAUACAGCCUACAUUGUACACAAGCCAACACGCACACACACAUACACAAAAUCACACACACAUACAAAAUCCACGUAACCACUUCUUCAGCUAUGGGGCAUAGCUGGAUAAUCUCUCUCUUAAAGAUUUUUGAGACUGAUUGAUGUUCAUCUUUUUUUCUUGUCACAGAAACUGCCACCUGAGAAUAUAAACAAAGGGAAACUUUAAUGAGAACUUGUCUGGAAUGCCCAUCUUGGUGUUUCUUGGCAAACUGUCUGAGGAUUUUAUCAGUUAGGAAUCCAUGGAGCCUUUCUACUGUGCAAUAAUUUCUGUAUUUAUUGGAUUUUUGUAAUGAUAUUUGGCAUGUGCAGGUACAUCUUUGUGGGAUUUCAUAUGGAGUUAGUUUUGAAAUGUGCUAAAACAUUUUUUUUUCUAAAAUGCGAUAACUGGAAAGAAGUCACCCUUAAUACAAAUUAUCUUUUUUUUUUUCCUUUAAGGAAUCUUAUUAUCACGUGAGAAUAAAAAUUGUGUGAAGCGGUUAGCUUUUAAAAGUAAAAAUAUUUGUUUUCUAUAUUGACUGCAGCAGCGGACUACAAUCCAUUCCCUCACACAGGCCUAAAGCACUGAAUGUCAGCCUGACUAUAAAACAUUAUGUUGGGUUUUAAAAAUCCAACAUUAUCUUAGAGACCUGAUAAGUUACUUUUAAUUUAUUCAGGGAAAUUUUGUCCUCUUAAACAUUGGCAUGUGAAUAACGUCAAAAUGCAGUUACUGUAUUGCUGUCCUUGCUUCAGUUAGGACAUAAAUAAAGGUUGCACUUAAUGGAGGUACCCUUAACUGAUGCUCAGUACAUUCCCAAUGUAGGAUUAAACCACAUAUUUAAUAUGUUGAAUAAGUUAAGACUACUUGUGAUUAAUGUGAGAAGGAGAACAGUCCUGUUUAUUGUUUGUAAAUAUAUUCUUUUUUAAAUAUGUUAAAGUAGCCCCAACUGUACGUGAAAAAUGGCCUAAAACUUAACAAUCAGAAGACCAGCUGCUUGCAUCAUCCACAGUAUAUGCUAAGUGUAACUACCAUUCAUUAUUGCUUUAUCAGACCCACUUGAUUAUCUCCCCCACUCCCUCACCCCAGAUGUGCUUACUCAAAGGCAAUUUGUUAAACUAAAGCUACUUCAACAAUUGUAACACUUUCUAAAUCAUUCUCAAUCUCCCUCUCGUGUCUGGCGUGGCAUCUCUCACUGACCCAGGUUGACUUCCCGUGUCCCCUUAGGAUCCACAAAAUGGUUUCAAAUGAAAUUCAUAUCAAUGUGUGUUGGCGUGUGUGUUCUUCUCUCCGCAGCGUGCUUUAAGCCUCUCUCCGACGGCGUCUUUUCACAGUUCACUAGCUCAGAUUCAUGCAUUAGAGCGGCUUUUAAAAGGAAGCCUGUUCAUUCGCCUCACAAAGUGAUAUGGAUUUAACUCCCAGUAACAGAUUUUGAGACAGUGUGCAUGUUCGUGACUUUUGGGGAUUAUGGUUUUUAUUUUCUGCAUCGUUCAUCCUGAAAUGAAUCUGGUAGGGGAGGGCUAUAUGAGUUAUGAUAAUUCUGAGCACAGCUGCAAUGGGGGAUGGCCGGGCGACCUUGAGUAGGGGCUAUUCUUAUUGUAAAAAUGAAAGAUUGGAACUGAGAAAUGAAGAAGUGUGAGAAAGAAAUGGAGGGAGAGAGAGCAAGACCUUGACUAGGGAGAAGAGUCAUUCAAAUGAAAUUGGAAGCAUAUGAAACGUAUUUUUUUUUUUCGGUAUCCAAAUGCACAGCUACUGGCCACAUCUUAUAACGGACCAUCAGAGUGAGACAGAACGAGCAUGAGAGGGAGGGAGACAGCAAAGCCACAUGAAAGGAGAUUGAGACUACAUCUUUCAUUUGAGUUCUGCAAUUUUCAGUCAUCAAAAUCAUCUUCACUUGAAAGUUUGACCUGCUUUUUUGGCCCAUUGUCAGGUUUUAUCUGCGCCAUUUUGUUUUGAUAGAAAAAGGAUUAUACUGUAUCUUGAAUACAAAUUCCUCUUUUUGUGAUUUUUUUUUUAAGGAAUUGAUGUUUAGGUCACAGCAGCUCUCCAUAAGCUAUUCAGUCACCGCAAUAUAUUUUAGUGAAUUAACACAAUGGGAACGGCUGAAGAGCUGCUUUCAACUUGCAUUACACAUCUCGAUGCAUGAGUGCAAAAAUCAAGAUCGCACGCUGUAUUCAUUCCAGGAAAACUCAGAUCAGAGUUAGGCCAAAAUGAGCCAUACCACUAUGAAAUAUGUCACAUUCAAAUGAUGAACAGUGGAACCCUGACAGAGAUCAAAAUCAUACAUGGACAUUCAGUCUUACAAUAUGUUUACAGUGUUGAAGUAUGCCAUUAAUGAAAUACUCUGUGUAAGUGUUUGAGAUGAUAAUAAAGUAUUGUUUUCUCCAAUGUUCUUACAAAUGUUUUGAAUGCCAUAGCAGUUUUGUAUGAUUAUCCUGGUGGAGGGAUUUUAUCUUCAUGAAUAUGUUAAUGUAUGAUUACUUGUUCACUGUAUGGGAAGACAAUUUUUGAAAUGUAAUAUUGCGGAAUCAUGCCAGAUUAUAUUUUUUUUCUAACAAGAGUGGUGCCAUUAUUGACUUUUGGUCUCUUUAAUCUUUUUUUUUAAUUUUUUUUUUUAAUUUAACUUUAAAUUUUUCUUUUUGAAUGAGUUUCUUGAUGUUGGUUUGGCGAAGCUAUCCUUCAUGGAUGUAAAAACAAAACGAUUUUUUUUAAAUAAUUAGAAGAAUGAGAGGAUCAUAAAGGGAGAACCUUCGGCAGGGGAAUACAAUACUUUGUGCAGGAAUGCUUUUCCAAAUCAAUUUUAUGAGACAUUCAUGAACAUUAUGUUUUUCCUCAUGGUUGGUUGAAGGUCUUGUGAUGGCACUUACAACUGUAAUUUUAAAUACAUUUUCAUUUUCACUUUUCACAACUUUCACUUACAAUCUUUGUACAAAAUAGUUUCCUUGGUCUUUUUUUGAGGGGGAGGAGUGCAUCAUUGUGAAAAAAGUGAUUUCAGAACAGUACACAUCUGCUGUUUUGAGCAUAUAUGUAUUUUUGUAAUGUGUUGAAAAAUCAAUACAAGAAAGCCAACACUUCAAUAAAUGUUGCAAUUGCUCUAUGAUUGAAGCAA